AUGUCCAUCCUGCCACCUGUCCAUCAUAAGUAUUAUCUGAUCAACACAAUAUCUAUGACGUGGGCAGGUGCAAAGAAUUAUUGCAGGGAAACAUACGAUGACAUUGCUACAGUGGGAAGUGAUGAUGACUGGAUAAGGCUGAGGAAAGAAGAGACAGACAAAGGUUUGACGACAUUCGCCUGGGUCGGACUGUACGACGACAUUGACAGCUGGCGCUGGUCUUUUAAUGACGUCCCAUUGAAGAACCAAACUUUAACAAAGUGGUACUCAGGAGAGCCAGAUAAUGGUGAAGGAAAUGAAGCGUGUGGUACCAUAGGCCAACUGGGAGAAUGGAGGGAUUAUCCCUGCACAGACCUCAGACCCUUCAUAUGCUACAACUGUGAGUUAGCAAAAAAUCUUCCAUAG